GCCCCCGCCUCUCGGAGCCCGCUCCUCGCCGCCGCCGAGCCCUCUCACUUUGCCUCUGGCCUCUGGACGGCUGCCGGGCUGCGUGCAUCGGGGACCAGGGAGCCCUACCCACGGCGCCUCGGCUACCGCGCGCCCUCCGGGAGGCCGGCACCGCCUGGAGCCGCGGACACCCACUAAGAUUCCCGAAGAGCGAACCCGGGAGCGCGGGGCGGCGGCGGCACUGACACCGCGGGGGGACCCAGGCGGCGCGGGGCGCGAGCCCCGGGGGAGCGCGGGCCCCGACGGCGCGGCCAACCCGGUGCGCUCGGUGGCCAGGCCCCCGGGGCGGCCAGCCAUGACCUUCGGGCGCGGCGGGGCGGCCUCGGUGGUGCUGAACGUGGGCGGCGCCCGGUACUCGCUGUCCCGGGAGCUGCUCAAGGACUUCCCGCUGCGCCGUGUGAGCCGGCUGCACGGCUGCCGCUCGGAGCGCGACGUGCUCGAGGUGUGCGACGACUACGACCGGGAGCGCAACGAGUACUUUUUCGACCGGCACUCGGAGGCCUUCGGCUUCAUCCUGCUGUACGUGCGCGGCCACGGGAAGCUGCGCUUCGCGCCGCGGAUGUGCGAGCUCUCCUUCUACAACGAGAUGAUCUACUGGGGCCUGGAGGGCGCGCACCUGGAGUACUGCUGCCAGCGCCGCCUAGACGACCGCAUGUCCGACACCCACACCUUCCACGCCGCGGACGAGCUGGGCCGCGAGCAGGCUCGCCCCGCCGGGCCCGAGGCGGCUCCCUCCCGGCGCUGGCUGGAGCGCAUGCGGCGGACCUUCGAGGAGCCCACGUCGUCGCUGGCCGCGCAGAUCCUGGCCAGCGUGUCCGUGGUGUUCGUGAUCGUGUCCAUGGUGGUGCUGUGCGCCAGCACGCUGCCCGACUGGCGCGCGGCGGCCGCCGACAACCGCAGCCUGGAUGACCGGAGCAGGUACUCCGCCGGCCCUGGGAGGGAGCCCUCCGGGAUAAUUGAAGCUAUCUGCAUAGGCUGGUUCACUGCAGAGUGCAUCGUGAGGUUCAUCGUCUCCAAAAACAAGUGUGAGUUUGUCAAGAGACCCCUGAACAUCAUUGACUUACUGGCAAUCACGCCCUAUUACAUCUCUGUGCUAAUGACAGUGUUCACAGGCGAGAACUCUCAACUCCAGAGGGCUGGAGUCACCCUGAGGGUCCUCCGAAUGAUGAGGAUCUUCUGGGUGAUUAAGCUGGCCCGGCACUUCAUUGGUCUGCAGACAUUGGGUUUGACUCUCAAGCGAUGCUACCGAGAGAUGGUUAUGUUGCUUGUCUUCAUCUGUGUUGCCAUGGCGAUCUUUAGUGCACUUUCUCAGCUUCUUGAACAUGGGUUGGACCUGGAAACAUCCAACAAGGACUUCGCCAGCAUCCCCGCUGCCUGCUGGUGGGUGAUCAUCUCCAUGACUACAGUUGGCUAUGGAGAUAUGUAUCCUAUCACCGUGCCUGGAAGAAUUCUUGGAGGAGUUUGUGUUGUCAGUGGGAUUGUUCUGUUGGCAUUGCCUAUCACUUUCAUCUACCAUAGCUUUGUACAGUGUUAUCACGAGCUCAAGUUUAGAUCGGCUAGAUAUAGUAGGAGCCUCUCGGCUGAGUUUCUGAAUUAAUGUGUUGCAAAUCAAUCCUUGCUCACACUUCAUUUGAUUGAGAGUUGACAUGACUUCUUAUUCCUGUGUUUCUCCCUGGGUGAGCUGUGCAGUAGCAUUGUCGUCGUGUUGGUGGGGUGAACGAUAUUCUUUCCAGUUGGAGGGAUAAAACAGUCUCCUUGUGGAGUAAGCAGGACAGGGACCACACACACAGAGUGACACCGAGAGUAAACUUUGGUUCCUGGCUUUGUUUGGUCUUGGCUUUGCCUUGGCUCUCACAGCUCUGUUGUUGUGGGAUGUUGUUGAGCACAUUAUUUGAACACUUUAAAGACACCAUUCUCCAAAAGCUUUUCCGUCUUAACGAAUUCAGAAGAAGCUUGGAACUUAACAGUGUUAUUUUUGAGACUAACAUUUUCGUUUCUAAAUGUUUUAUAAUUUCUCAUAUCAAUGUCAGAAGUAUCCUGGAAACAUAUGUCACAUGUGGGAACUGUUUAACAAAUACUUUAAAAAGUUGGCCCAAAUUUAAACUGUAUCGUGGAGCUAGAGACAUGCAAAAAUAUUAUUUGAAGAAACUUUGCACCCUUCUCUAUCCUCCGCUUAGUUUUUGUGCCUGCCGCUUCCCUUACCUUAACAACUUCAUGGGACCCCAAGUGCGUCUUUUCUCUUCCUAGCUGGGUUCCCCGCUCUCCUGAAAUAACUUCCAAAGAGUGUGUGAUAACGGAGAGAGUUGUGUUUUUUUGGGUAAUCUUAGAAUCCAACAUUCAGAUGGCCAAGAUUUUCUAACAUAAAAUGAUAACAGAAAUGGUUUGACACUCUCAGUGUUAGAACCCAUAACUCUCCACUUUCCCCUCAGUCCCACGCGUUUCAAAGACGAGAAGGUACUUAUUUAGCCUUUGGCACAGCAGUCACACUUGGGUGUUGUCUAGUGAAAGGAGAAAUGUUCCUUAGGUUGGUGUCACUCUUAGCCAGCAGUGAAGACACAAUCGUUGGUCCUCAUCCCCCAUCACUGUGAAUCAGUUUACACGGAAACCCUUCUUGUCAGGGUCUCAGCGAAGCGGCCGCUUUGCUCCAUCAAGGUCACUAGUGUUGAGCUGCUCAAAAGCGAUGGCCCUUUAGCGCUGAAUUUUCACACUGCAAAUGAGACUGUGGAGUUUCCGAUACCACCUUAAUAAAGAAAUCACGUGAGCCACA